UCUAAACUCACACUCACUCACACUCACUCUGGCUGCUGGACUCCCAAACCAUCAGACACACAAAACAAAAUGGCAAAGGAAGCAAAGUUCCAGGAGAACGAAAAGUCCAACGACGUCCGCACGAGCAACAUUACUGCCGCCAAGGGCAUUGCAGAUGCUGUGCGCACGUCGCUCGGCCCGCGCGGCAUGGACAAGAUGAUCCAGUCGGCCACGGGCGAGGUCACCAUCACCAACGACGGCGCGACCAUCCUCAAGCAGAUGCAGGUGCUCCACCCCGCCGCCAAGAUGCUCGUCGAGCUCUCCAAGGCCCAGGACAUUGAGGCUGGUGACGGCACCACCUCGGUCGUCGUGCUGGCGGGCGCGCUGCUCGCCGCUGCACAGCGCCUGCUCGCCAAGGGCAUCCACGCGUCCACCAUCUCGACCUCGUUCGCCAAGGCCGUCGCCAAGGCCGUCGAGAUCCUCACCAACAUGUCCAUUCCGCUCGAGCUGACCGAUCGCGAGCAGCUCCUCAAGGCCGCCUCCACGUCGCUCAACUCGAAGGUUGUCUCGCAAAACUCGGCCCUGCUUUCGCCCAUCGCCGUCGAUGCCGUGCUGCGCGUCGUCGACCCCGCCCACUCGCACAACGUUGAUCUGCGCGACAUUAAGAUUGUCAAGAAGCUCGGCGGCACUGUCGACGAGAGCGAGCUCAUUGACGGCCUCGCCUUCACCCAGCGCGUCCAGGCCGCCUCUGGCGAGGCUGUCACCCGCGUCGAGAAGGCCAAGAUUGGUCUGAUUCAGUUCUGCCUCUCGGCACCCAAGACCGACCUCGAGAACCAGGUCAUUGUUUCGGACUACUCGCAGAUGGACCGCGUCCUUCGCGAGGAGCGACAAUACAUUCUCAACAUGGUCAAGCAGAUCAAGAAGGCAGGCUGCAACGUGCUGCUCGUCCAAAAAUCCAUCCUCCGAGACGCCGUCAACGACCUCUCCCUCCACUUCCUCGCCAAGAUGAAGAUCAUGGUCAUCACCGAAAUUGAGCGCGAUGAGAUUGAGUUUAUCUGCAAGACGGUCGGCUGCAAGCCCAUUGCCUCGCUCGACCACUUUACUGCCGAGCGUCUCGGCUCUGCCGAGCUUGUUGAGGAAGUCUCCACUGGCGACUCCAAGAUUGUCAAGGUCACUGGCGUCCCCGCCAACUCGCGCACCGUCUCCGUCCUCGUCCGUGGCUCCAACAAGCUUGUCAUCGAGGAGGCCGACCGUUCGCUGCACGAUGCUCUUUGCGUCAUCCGAUGCCUGGUCAAGAAGCGCGCUCUCAUUGCUGGUGGCGGCGCUCCCGAGAUCCAAAUGUCCCACGAGCUGACCGAGUACGCCAACUCGCUUGAGGGCAUGGACUCGUACUGCAUUCGCGAGUUUGCCCAAGCGUUGGAGGUCAUCCCCUUCACGCUCGCUGAGAAUGCCGGUCUUAACCCGAUCUCGGUCGUCACCGAGCUCCGAACCCGCCACGCUCAAGGCGAGAAGACUGCUGGCAUCAACGUUCGCAAGGGCACGAUCACCAACAUUCUCGAGGAAAACGUCAUUCAACCGCUGCUUGUUUCCAUCAGCUCGAUCACUCUUGCCUCCGAGACUGUGCGCGCAAUCCUCAAGAUCGACGACAUUGUUGCAACUCGUUAACAGCAUGUAUCAUUUUUGUUUCUUUGGAGUACAAUACAGUUUUUCACAAACAGAA